CCCGCAGACGAGCAGUGGCUCGCAACAGAGAAACAAUGCGGGGAAUGAAGGGAGAAAUAGAACCAGUUUCCAUCUCAUUCCUCUCCCGAUUUUCCCUACGAAAUCCUCCGUCGCCGGCGCAAACAUGAGCGUGAUCGACAUUCUCUUCCGAGUCGACGAGGUCUGCCGGAAGUACGAGAAGUACGACGUCGAGAAGCAGCGCUCCGCCGACGCGUCCCCCGACGAUGCCUUCGCUCGCCUAUACGCCUCCUUCGAUUCCCAAAUUGACCUUGCUCUCCAGAAAGCGGAGAUGGCGGGUAGGGAGACCAACAGGGCUGCGGCGGUGGCCAUGAAGGCGGAGGUACGACGAUUGAAGGCGCGUUUGUUGGAAGAAGUCCCCAAGCUGCAGAAACUCGCUCUUAAAAAGGUUAAAGGUGUCUCGCGAGAUGAAUUAGCUAUACGUAAUGACCUUGUACUUGCACUACCCGAAAGAAUCCUAGCUAUACCUGAUGGAACUACUACCACUGCUGCAGUCAAGUCUGGGGUUUGGGGCACUUCAACGUCUUUUAAGAACAUAAAAAUUGACUCGGAUGGGCACCUUAAUGAUGACUUCUUCCAGCAGUCUGAAGAAUCCAGCCAGUUCAGGAAUGAGUAUGAGAUGAGGAAGAGGAAACAGGAUCAAGGACUGGAUGUUAUUUCAGAAGGUCUGGACACGCUGAAGAAUCUGGCUCGUGAUAUGAACGAGGAAUUGGAUAGACAAGUUCCACUAGUUGAUGAAAUUGAAACAAAGGUGGACAAGGCAUCAUCUGACUUAAAGAACACCAAUGUUAGACUCAAGGAGACUAUUACUAAGGUUAGGUCCACCCAAAACUUCUGUAUUGAUAUCAUUCUUCUGUGUAUCAUUUUGGGGAUUGCAGCCUAUCUAUACAACAUACUGCAGUGAUUUAUAUUGGAGCUUCAUUUGACCCUUAAUUGGUUUCUGUCAUGGAUGGGCAAGGUAUUUGACCCUCAUUUGACCCUUAUUUUUUAUAUAAAAUAAAACCCAAUUUUCUGUGUGCAGCAUACUGCAGUGAUUUAUAUUGGAGCUUCAUUUGACCCUUAAUUGAUUAUUCAUAUCCUCUGUGAUUCAGCAACUAUCACUUCCUUCUAGUGGCAUUAUUGAGUUGAGAAUAUGAAUAAUAACUACUGGCCUAUUCUUGUUUCAAUUGUUGUUUUAUAUUUGUGAUAGUAACAACUGUAAAAGCAUUUACAUCUGUCAAGAUAUAAAGUACUGUGUUUGCA